AUGGAAUCCCCAAUUGUCAUUCCCAAGCAGCACAAGGCUGCUGUUUAUGACAACCCAGGUACUGUAUCAACAGAAGUGAAGUUGGUUGAUACUCCGGAACCAGGAUAUGGACAGGUUCUGAUCAAUCUAACCCACUCAGGCGUAUGUCACUCAGACUUUGGUGUUAUGACGAAUUCGUGGAAGGUGCUCCCUUAUCCAAUACAGCCUGGGCAAGUCGGUGGCCACGAGGGCGUCGGUAAGGUAGUGAAGCUUGGACCGGGUUGUGAGAAUGUUCAAGUGAAAGUUGGAGACCGUGUUGGCGUCAAAUGGGUUUCUGGUGUCUGUGGAACUUGCUUGCCUUGUCUUUCAGGGUCCGAUGGUCUCUGCCUCAACGGUAAGAUAUCCGGAUACUACACCCCUGGCACAUUUCAGCAGUAUGUUCUCGGACCAGUGGACUAUGUUACUCCAAUUCCAGAGGGAGUUUCUUCAGAAGCUGCAGCCCCAUUGCUCUGUGCGGGUGUCACGGUCUAUGCUGCCCUAAGGCGUAGCCGAGCCCAGGCAGGGAACUUUGUGGUCAUUUCAGGCGCAGGAGGUGGUCUUGGACACCUGGCGACACAGCUAGGGAGCCGCGGCCUUGGCCUUCGUAUCAUAGGAAUUGAUCAUGGUAGCAAGGCAGAUCUUGUGAAGGAAAGUGGCGCAGAAGCUUUUAUUGACAUUACCAAGUUUCCCAAGGACGACAAUGGAGCGGCAAUUGCUGAGCACGUUAAGUCAUUGACAGGUGGCCAUGGUGCUCAUGCCGUCAUAGUCUGCACAGCAUCUAAUGUGGCGUACGGACAGGCAAUCCCAAUGCUUCGCUUUAAUGGAGUUCUAGUUUGUGUUGGUAUUCCUGAGGGUGAGCUGGAGGCGAUCAGGACUGCUAGCCCAGCCCCGAUCAUUUUCAAGCAAAUUUCUAUUGAAGGAUCAGCAGUUGGAAACCGACGUGAUGCAAUUGAAACCCUUGAUUUCGCAGCGCGAGGUGUGGUUACACCGCAUAUACAAGUUGAGAAGAUGGAUAAGUUGACAGCUGUCUUUGAGGAAAUGCACCGUGGUCAAUUGAAUGGACGAGUGGUCCUGGAUCUAUCUUGA